AUGAAGUGAUAUUUUCACUCUCUCUUAUCCGCAGCACACAGCCGUGAAAUAAGGCGUCUCGAGAUGAGCAGGCUUGCUGUAUGCGGCCCUUCGGCGAGCCUAUUACCCAUUCAAAGCCCCUGCUCCUCUUCCAGUACCUCUAUUUGCCAUUGGGCUCCGCGUUUAAGGAGGAAGGCGCAUUUGAGAAGAAAGGCGACAGUAUUCUGCUCGGCAGAUGAAGUGGAUUUCAAGGUGCUCACCUCUGUCACAAGUAGUUAUAAUAACAUAGUUAUCCUCGACACUCCCGACUCACGUGUGCUGCUUCUUGACUCUUCCAAUAAUGUGCAUAGCAUUCUUCACAAGGGAAAGAAAUGGACUGAUGCAUAUUGGGAUGAGUUUGCCACCUUGCCGGCCAUUGUUCCAAGGGGUCCCAUCGCUAUUUUUGGCCUGGGGGGCGCAACUGCUGCACAUUUGAUGCUUGAACUAUGGCCUUCUUUGCAGCUUGUUGGAUGGGAGAUAGAUGAAAUUUUGAUUGAAAAAGCAAGAGAAUAUCUUGGGCUCUCUGAUCUGGAGAAACAUAAUGAAGGUGGCGGUGUAUUGGAAGUUCAUAUUGGAGAUGUAUUUUCUCCAUCUGUUACUAUUCCUGGAGGUUAUGCAGGUAUAAUAGUUGAUUUGUUUUCUGAUGGAAAGGUUUUGCCCCAACUGCAAGAGGUCACAACUUGGUUGGAGAUGAAUAAGAUGUUGAUGCCCAAUGGUCGGCUCAUGGUGAAUUGUGGUGCUGCUACCAAAGAAUGGUCUAAUACUUCUUCUGAAAUGAUCCAACCAGAAAUUUCCGAAAAGGAUGAUCCUAGGGAACUAAACGCAACUAUCAACGCAUUAUGCAAGGCAUUUCCUGGGCAGGUAAGCUGGAAAAAGUUGCCAAAGAGAGCAGGAGAAAAUUUUCUUGCGCUGACAGGACCAUUACCAGAUUUGGCUAUUUGGUCUGCUCGUUUCCCGGAUCAAUUAAGCUCAAGUGUCAAAGAAUGGAGAAGUUGCAUGCCUUCGUGAUUUUUGACAUUGGAACUUGAUUAAGCUGUCCUUCGUGCCAAUAGAAAAGGAGAUCUUCCUUUCCCGGUUUUUAUUUUCGUGUAAGUGACUCUUUUAUCAGAAGGAAAGCAAAGGGAUGCAACCUGUAUAUAUUGGCCCACAGGCAACCAUCAGACACUACCUAGUCACCCUUAAUCCCUCUGUGAGUAGCCUGUUUCUAUCUUGAUUUGCAGUAGUCUCCAA